AUGGUGGACACGUGGAAACAGAUGGACAGGCAAGGCUCUUAUAAACGAAAACAGCAGCUCCCUAUGGCUAACAAUAAGGCGCAAAAAGGUGAACAACAAGGGGACGGUCUCGGUGGGAUUCGGUUGUACUCUCCCCAGGAACCAACGACAAUCGAUACCAUCCGAAGGAAGGAUUCUUCUUCUCCUGUAUCAACGGGCGGAAGAGGAGGCGAGGGUGGCGGGAGAGGAGGAAGAGGAGGAGGAGGUCUGGCUCACGAGAGGACCAGGUCGAGACGGCGGCAGGUCGCCGCGGCAAGUCUGCUCGAUGAUCAACGGUCCACCUCUUUAGACCUCGUUGAACCGUAUUGGCUUCACGCGAGAUUUUCACGUCCUCAUCGUAAAGAAGAAUCUUCCUCGACUCGGUUCGACGGUGGUAUCGUCGAGUUCACGUCGACGGAUCACGAGGACUUUAUCAGGGAGACGUCGUCUUCGAACGAGCAUUCCUCGACAAUCACGGCGGCUACCACGGCGACGACGACGACGGUGACUACGGCGGUGCCGGUCACUUGGACUACCGUGCCGUUUCGUCUGGUUCAUCGAACUGUGCCGCGGUUACCGGACGACGACGACGACGACGACGAGUUCAGUUCAGGAAGACGCGAUAGGAAGUCGGAAGACGAGAACCAGGGAGUAGUAGGUGUCUCGUCUCGUAAGAACGGGGGGAAGUUGGUGUUCGCGGGGGACGGUAGUGGUGAGGUCGUAGGUGGUGGUGGUGGUGUCGUUGAGUGGACCACAACAGUUGCCGGGCCGAUGUCAUCGUGGUCGUAUCCCGAAGAUGAGGAGCAGCCGGGAGCUGGAAGCGUAAGGACACGCCCGAGCCCGGAGGAGGUGGCGAGCGAGGACGAGGAGACUGAGAGUGGCGAAGAACAGGUCAAGGUCACCGCAGCAGAGGCCAAAGGCUCGUCGUCGUCGUCGUCGUCGUCGUCUACGUCUACGUCUACGUCGACGACAAGGACCACGAGCACGUCGCCAACGACGACGCAGUUGCCACCGCCGAGUCAAGAUACCUCUAUGGAAGCACAUUCUCUACGUAAAGAUUUGGGCAUACUCAGUAUCAAGCAACAAAUAGGAAAAUUCGCUACAGCACACAAGAAAUCUAGACCAUACACCGCAACACAGAAGACUGGAAAGGAACAAGCCAACCGAUUUGCAGAAGUAAAGAAAGGAACAUCAUAUGUAAGGCGUAAAAUGAGGAAUAAAAAUCAGUUUGUAAAGCCGCAAUUAACUAGCCACGCGUCCCAUUAA